CUCGACGUGAAAGCAGAGCCGUUAAGUUCGCAGGUUCCGGUGUCAGAGAGUGACUGGGUUCAGAAAUGGAGUCGUGUCGGCGGACCGGACUCAGCGGGGUCCUGUGCUCCCUGUCACUGCUGUGUGUCAUCCUGGACAUCCAGCUAGACGGUGUCUUGGGGGCAACUCAUGUCGAGAUCGAGCACCACUUGGAGAUGGGCCGCAAACUUUUGGCAGCCGGUCAGCUGGCUGAGGCCUUGUCCCACUACCACUCUGCUGUGGAGGGAGACUCUAAGAAUUACCUGACCUACUACAAGCGAGCUGCUGUGUUCCUGGCCAUGGGAAAAUCCAAAUCUGCCCUGCCAGACCUGACCAGAGCCAUCCAGCUCAAGCCAGACUUUUUAGCUGCCAGGCUGCAGAGAGGGAAUAUCCUGUUAAAGCAGGGCAACACACAGGAGGCCAAGGAGGACUUUGAAGCAGUGCUGCAGCGCUCUCCAGACCACGAGGAAGCUCACAACCAGCUGAUGAAAGCAAACGAGCUGGAGGAGCUGCAGGAGGAGGCUCAUGCCAUGUACCACCAAGGGGACUACAGCGCUACCAUCACUGUGCUGGAGAGAGUCAUAGAGAUCUCUCCCUGGGAUCCAGAGUCGCGAGAGCUUCGCGCCGAGUGCUACAUCCGGAUGGGUGAUCCGCAGAAAGCCAUCCAGGAUCUGACGCCGACAACGAGGCUGCGCAACGACAACCGCGCCGCCUUCCUGAAGCUCAGCAUGCUGCACUACAGCCUCGGAGAACACCACGAGUCGCUCAAUCACAUCCGAGAGUGUCUGAAGCUCGACCAGGAUGACAAGGAGUGUUUCAGCCACUACAAGCAGGUGAAAAAACUCAGCAAGCAGCUGGACUCAGCAGAGGAGCUCAUUCAGGAGGAGAGGUAUCAGGAAGCCAUUGAUAAGUAUGAAUCAGUGAUGAAAACGGAGCCUAAUGUCGCACACUACACCAACCUGGCCAAAGAGAGGAUCUGCUUCUGCCUCGUCAAGAUAAAGUCGGCUCUGGAGGCGAUAGACAUGUGCUCAGAGGCCCAUCAGAGAACCCCCCGCAACGCCAACAUCCUCCGAGACCGAGCCGAGGCGUACAUCCUCAACCAGGACUACGAGAAAGCGGUGGAGGACUACCAGGAGGCAAGAGAGUUUGAUAGCGACAGCAACGAUAUCAGAGAGGGACUGGAACGAGCCCAGAAGCUGCUCAAAAUCUCUCGGAAGAGGGAUUACUACAAGAUCCUCGGUGUCAACAGGAAUGCCAACAAGCAGGAGAUCAUCAAGGCGUACAGGAAGCUGGCACAGCAGUGGCAUCCGGACAACUUCCAGUCCGAGGCAGAGAAGAAGGAAGCGGAAAAGAAAUUUAUUGACAUUGCGUCAGCUAAAGAAGUCCUCACUGACCCAGAAAUGAGGCAGAAGUUUGAUGCCGGUGAGGAUCCCCUGGACCCGGAAAACCAGCAAGGAGGAGGUGGAGGACAGCAGGGAUGGCCUUUUCACUUCAACCCCUUUGAGUCUGGCGGCAGCUUCCACUUCAAGUUCCAGUACAACUAGACAAACCAGGAGGACUGUACGAACACGGGGGUGGGGUGGGGAGAUUUUCGGAUGGAUGGGGCAUUGUAGGGGGCGAUUAAUGGAGACGUCUUCCUCCAGAACUUGUGCUUCAGCUUGGACACAGUUUUGUGGGUUACUUGAACCAUUUGUGAUUUUUUCAUGCUGUGUGUGGACAGCAGAGGAUUGAGCUUUUUAGUGAAAAAACAGGACUUCUUACCACAAAAACGAAGGACCUAGCUGUGGUCACUGUCGAACUUGUCGCUCUGGUUGAAGAAAAUGAAGUCUUGUGUCAACAUUUCAGAUCCUUAGGGAUGGAGGUGAUGGUUGAAAGCAAGUCAUUAUUGGACUUUUUCUUUUUUGGGGGGGAUGUCAGCUCCGAUUACUCAUUUCUUUCUUCGUGCCAUUUUAUGAAACUUUACAGAGGGACUCCAUGUUUUUUAAUGCAGUAGCUCUUGCUUGGAUAUUUCAUAGAAGACGCUCAGUCAGUUGGUUGCAGUAUUUUUUAAAGGAAUUACAUGUUUUCUGAUCUCAGUUUAUAUUUCUGACCAUGUCGAAACAUCUCUACACUAGAGAACCAAAAUCUUUGUAUUUAAUCACAUCAAGAGACAUGUGUUGUUGAGCGCUUCUACAUUAUUGGUAAAUAGGUGAGACUUAAGCACUAUUACAUGAAACUUGUGGGUGUAAAAGUUUUGAAAUCCUAUGGAUCUUAAAUCAGUGUAGUCGCUCUGUGAUCGUUUUUGGAUUUGCUUUAAAUAACCAUUGGUUUUGUACAGUUUUCUAAUUGGAAUAAUGUGUGAAUUCUGCAUUUGAGUGAAAAUAGUACAUUUUCAACAGACUAUGUAUCUGACCGCAAACAUUAUAGAUGUAACCAAAUUUGAAGAGUUGGUUGAAACUCACAGGACAAAAGCAUGGGAACUGAUAACUGAGUCAAGAGCUGUAGUAUUUCUCUCUCUCAUUUCAAAGCAUGUCUUUGAGAACUUGCACUUUUACCCUUUGUUUGAAAAAAAAAAAAACACUCCACAUGUUCUCCGCUCCUGAAAUGUUACUGCAAGUUUUCAAAAAGCCCCUCAAAGACUCUUCACAAACCAAGUGUGUCUUCAAUGGCUAUCUGAUAGCUUCAUAUAUAAAAAGGUCUAAAAAAAGAAAAGAAAAAAAAGCACACUUGUCGAAUGUUAUACUGAGUUGGAGCUUGAAAACUUGAAGCAUACUGUGUCAUGAAAAGUACUGGGAUUAUAUCUGCCCAUCAGGUUGCACUGAGGCACAAACUGUAAACUAAACCAUUACAUUUAAACAAGGCUCAACUUUUCUGCCAUGCAAGAUACACAACAGUUUAACCAUAAGCUAAGAAGACAUUCUUCAUAGGAUUUGAUGUUUUUUGAGCACACAUUAAAUUAUUUUGUCAAUAACAGCUUAAGGAAACGGUGACUGUAACUGCUUUGAAUCCUACCUACUGCUCGACUGUGUGAAUCAAUAUGACGGGCUCUUUGUAUUUAAAUCGACUCGAGUGGGACUGUUUUGUUUCCGGGUUUUCUUUUUAGGGUUUACUGUUGUUAGAGGCACCAAUUUUUCUGUUGCCAAACAAUCAGCUGACAUGCUCAAGUGUAUUAAAAUACUGAAACAACCCA